GUGGGCACGCCCACCAGACACGUGACCCUACGGAACAAUCUAACACCGUCCUUGCGAAGUUUGCACAAGCUGUGGGACACUCGCAGCUGCGUCCAGUGCUCAACAGUUCCACGUCUCAAGAAGCCUAACACCCGUCUAAGAUGCUCGCCAAGAAAGCUUCUGAUCGAGGAUAAAGUCGAGACAUGGCGACGAAGGUGAUCUACUUUACGGUGGGCGGCCGGCCUGAGCAAGCUGAGUUCCGAAGCGACUCAGAGCUCGAAGACGUGCGAGAGUGUUUCCGUGCCGCGGCAGAGGCUGGGCCCCACGACAUCCUGAAGUUGUACAACACCAAGGGAAACAUUGUCAACAUCUCACCCAAGUUGGAGGCAAACCGACCUGACAGUCGCUACAAGCUACAGGUGGUGGCUGCAACAUGUAAUGGACCAACAGCUUCAGAGCUUGGCUUUGAUGUAAACAGCAUGGAAAGAAGGUUAGAGGAUCUGGAGAGAAAAAUCCUGGUGGAGAGUGGAGAGACACCACCUCUGGUUUUUGAGAUGAGGAAAAAAGUGGAGUCCUUCCGAGAAAAACUAGAAAGUGUGGAACACUUAAGUUGGCUCGGCCUGUUUAAGGACAUUUCCAGCGGCACGUCAUCCCCCUUCUGGAACAAGAAGGGUAAAGCCAGAAAGAGUCUGGAACACUGCAAGCUGGUGCAAGACCGCUUCAAGAAAAUGAGCGCUGUACAAGUCACGGAAGAUGUUAGAUUUCACCUCAGGAAACCCACUUUUGAUAACUGGCAAUGGGAUGAUGCAGAGAUGUUACUCCUACUCCAACAAAUGUACAUAGAACUCGAACUUCUCACUAAGUUUAACAUUGAGACACCAGUGUUGCAGCAAUUCUUAUAUGAGGUCUACAGACACUAUAACCAGAUCCCAUUUCACAACUUCAACCAUGCCUUCUGUGUCACUCAAAUGAUGUAUGGGAUCAUCUGGUUAUGUGAGGUGUGGGAGAAGCUGAGUGAUGUGGAGAUACUCGUCAUGCUCACCUCUGCACUAUGCCACGACCUGGACCAUCCAGGAUACAACAAUGCAUAUCAGGUUAAUGCAAGAACAGAGCUGGCCCUGAGAUAUAACGACAUCUCCCCACUGGAGAAUCAUCACUGCGCCGUAGCAUUUGAAAUCCUAGAAAAGCCGGAGUGCAACAUCUUCAGGAACCUGAGCGUUGAAAACUUUAAGAAAGUCCGUGAAGGCAUGAUCAGGUGUAUCCUGGCAACUGACAUGGCCAGACACAAUGAAAUCCUGGGGAAAUUUAAAGCUCUGAUUCCUGAAUUUGACUUCAGCAACAAAGAGCACAGAGAACAGUUGAUGAUGAUUCUGAUGAAGGUGAGUGACAUCUCUAACGAAGCCAGGCCCAUGGACGUGGCCGAGCCUUGGCUGGACUGCCUACUGAAGGAGUUUUUUAAUCAGAGUGAUGUGGAAAAGCUGGAAGGCCUUCCUGUCACCCCCUUCAUGGAUCGAGAGAAGGUGACAAAACCUUCCUCACAAACCGGUUUCAUCCAGUUUGUCCUUCUACCUCUCUUUGAGGCAGCAGCUUGUAUCUUCCCUGAAAUGCAGCCUCACAUCAUCCAGCCGGUGCGGGAUGCCCUCCAGUACUACAAGGACAUGCAGGUGGCACUGGAGGAUCAGAACAAGAAAAAGGAUCACAACGAAGGCGAGAGAAACGGGGACGGCGUCACGUCCAGAAGUCCACUGGAAACGGAGGUGGUGGUGGGUCUGGCCAACGGACACAAGUCACCGUGAUGUUGCAUCAACGUAAAACUGAUACUACUAUAGAAAAAUUUACCAUGAUUAUAUUUUGUUCAACAGAAGAACUACUAUAUAUAUAUAUAUAAAUAUAUAUAUGAGAUAUAGAGAUGCAAUUGUUCCAAAUGUAACAAGAUUUAGUAAUCAUAUAAGGCCACACCAGUUUAAUCAAUUGGUUCUGAGAUUCGCCUGAUGUUUUUGUCUUCCUAGAUGUUGACAUUUUUUAUAAUUAAAAGUUCAUUAUUCAUUGUUUGAGUUAUAAACCAGCCUGGUACGUUGACUUAUGGCUCCUAUAGUACAUUUGGAGCUUUUUGGGGGCUAUCAUACUAGUAUAUUUAGCCCUUUUGCUUCAUCUUUUUUUUUUAAUCUGAGAACCAACCAAUUAAAUUGGUGUGGCCUAACAUAUGUAGAAGUACACUGUGUAAUAUUAUGCAGGAAAUAGCCUUACAGGGAUGUUUGUUAACUCCGGUGUUUUUAAUGAUGUCAGUUCAUGUAUUACACACAAUUUACAGUGUGUAUUUUCUCUUCACCUUAAAUGCAAGACCCCAUUGUUGGGAACGCCCUUACAUAUGAAUGAAACAUUGACUGCUUUUAACUUGGGAAGACACUUUGAACUCGAAAAAUCGUGGGUUACUCACAAUGUAUUUCAACAUGUACUCUCACAUGUUUCUCAUGCCUCUGAAAACAAAAUAAUGCUUUCUUCAAUAUUUUGCUACCUUUGUUCUCUCAGUAAUAACUUUCAUAGUUAAAGAGAUAUUCAAGAUUCUUCUUUUUCCAAAUUUGUUCUAUGUUUAAAGUGACCAAUGUUGAUAUAGGCAACCUUAGUUUCUUAAAAAAAAACAGUUGACUGACAUAUCAUAGAUUUAAAAACUACUAAUAUCCUGUGUCUUGUCCUACUAUCUGCUAGGUAGGUUGAAUUCUGUGUUUUCAGAAUGCGGAAACAGCCAUUGCCAAGCACUAAUGCUCUAAUUAUCAAAACAAGCAUGCUUUUCUUAUUGAUUAUAUUCAUAGAUGCAUGCACAAACUUCAUUACAUUCCUAAAAGUAUAACGUUGGAUGUCACAUUAUAUUAAUAUGUUAUAUAUCUUCUGUGUUUUAAGUCCAAGGUGUAGUGUCCAAACUGUAUUCUGUAAAUAUGUAUAUGUGUUAAAUGUACUUGUGUCAACAUAUCAUUCAAAUACUAGAAAGAUUGGAUCUAUUUAUUCUUAGUUGUUAUGAUGUAAACUGAAACAUUCCAUGAAAUAUACUCAUGUAACCGAUGUGAAUAUGAUGUAUGUGUAGAGGACACCAUACAUAAACAGUACAGGGUCAAGUAUAAUAUGAAUAAAUAAUCAUAGAGAGUUAAGAAAACUUCACUAUAUACAUGUAUACUAUCAAGAGCAUCAUGAAGACAUAUCUAUGAAUUGUACAAUCAUGCAUGCAUUGAGCUCUAUGUUCCUGCUCUACCUUUAUUAUUUUGCUUACUUAGGCCACACCAAUUUAAUUUGUUGUUUCUCGGAUUCGCCUCGUCAUUUUUUUCUGAUUUCAAAAAAAAAA